AUGAAGGUUGAUCUUGGCGAGCUCAAGGGAAACUUCAUGAGGCUCAAGGAGCAGCUCGAGCACUUAAGCGCUUAUAUAACGCCUUGGGAGUUCCAAGACGAGGACCCUGUUGCCUCGACGACAAUUAAGGCGUAUGAUGACCGAGCGUUUUGCUGCCUGUUGCCCUCAAGAGGCACUUCUUACUGA